AUGGAGAAAAGGAAUUCUAGCUCUGACUGCUCUCUAACGGAGAGACUGGAGAUCGAACAUCUUUACCUUGAAUUGGAAACGCCUUUACCAACUCCAAAUAUCACUUUACCUCCAGCUUCAGAUCAAUCGCCAGCACCUGAGGCCCCAAAUCUAGAAAAAUAUGGUUCUCCAUUUCUCUGGCCGGAAUGGCGCAAAACAACAAUGACCUGUAUCUCAUGCGCGGUGACUGGGCUGGCUGGUUACUCUGCUGGUGAGGUUAGUCCGGCGUCUGAUGAAUUGACCAAGAGGUGGGGGAUCAGUGCUGUAGUGUAUAACUUGAGUAUUACUGUUUUCUGUAUCGGUUUUGCACUAGCACCGAUGGUUCUUGCUCCCUUUUCUGAAAUUAAUGGACGGCGACCUAUCUUCAUUGCUAGUGGUGUUCUGUUUGUUGCCUCGUUGGUUGGAUGUGGAGGAACCGAAUCAUUUGCUGGAUUGGCGGUUGCCCGUUUCUUUCAAGGUGUGGCUGGAUCUACAUUCUCAACCAUGGUUGGAGGUGUCAUCAGCGAUAUCUAUCAUGCAGUAGAUCGAAACACCCCAAUGGCAUUUUUCUCCGCUGCUGCUUUGUUCGGAACCGGUCUAGCACCCAUGAUAUCCGGUAUCAUUGUUACCCACACUACCUGGCGCUGGAUCUAUUACGCACAUGCAAUCGUCGCUGGAGUCUUUGUCCUGAUCAUUUUCUUUUUCUUUUCCGAAACCCGCGGCAGCGUCUUGCUCAGCCGGAAGGCGACUGCACUGAAUCAAUACUACGAGAAGCUUGAAGAUGCAGGUCACUUUGGCGUGAUAAUAUCUAGUGACGACCCUUCAGAGGCGAAACAAGUCCGCCGUAUUCGAUGGAAGGUGAAGAGUGAUGAACAGCGAGAGUCACUGGUCAAGGCGGUUCAGAUCUCGUUAUAUAGGCCCUUCCAUAUGCUGUUCACUGAACCAGUUGUCUUCUUCUUCUCCCUCUGGGUGUCCUUCAGCUGGGCUGUCCUCUACCUCCAAUUCGGCUCUAUCCCGCUUGUGUUCCGUACAAACCACAACUUCAACACCGAGCAGACCGGUGCUGUGUUUACAUCCCUAUGUGUCGGUGUCAUUAUCAUCACCAUUAUCAGCCUUUCCCACGACUGGAUAGGCACGCGUUUCGGAAUACAUAAUUCUUCACCCGAAGGACGAUUGUACUUCGUUUGUGCCGAAUCCUUCCUCUUGCCUAUCGGCCUCUUCUGGUUCGGCUGGACCUCCUACUCUUCUAUUCACUGGAUUGUACCAUCAAUGGGCGUAGCCUGUGCGACUAUGGGCAUCUUCUCAAUCUACCUUGCCACAUUUAAUUACCUAGCUGAUACCUAUCACCGCUACGCUAGUUCGGCGAUUGCUGCGCAGUCUUGCUGCCGUAACUUGCUUGGUGGGGUGUUUCCAUUAGUGACAACUGCCAUGUUUAAAAACCUUGGCUUCCCCGGAGCAUCAAGUCUCUUAGGUGGACUUGGUAUCCUUUUGACUGCUGUUCCUUGUGUAUUGGCCUUCUACGGUCCAAAGAUUCGGGCUAGAAGCAAAAUGGCUAGUGAACUCGCGCACCAUUAA